GUUUUAGUAAAUGAAGAUUUACACGCACUUGGAUAUUUGACAACAAAUUACAGUAUGGUUUUGAACGUUUCAUAAUCAUUGCUGCUCUUAAAUCAAUCGUGUUUUGGCGACUAUAGUAAGCAACAAAAAUAAUUUUAAAAACUCGUCGGGGCCUCUUGGCUUUUGUUUUGUAUGUUUUAUGUCGAGGAAUUUAUUUAUCAUCGUUCAAAUAUCGGCAACAUUGUCCUGAGUAUCUGCGACUGGACCCACACCGUAGCUAGUUCACGCGAUUAAUAAACUUCUCUUUGUCUUAGAAGCCAACUGCAGGGAUAAGACUUUUAUAAACAUUCUUUGCCGAGAGAUAUAAAAUAAUUUAGAAAGUGUUCAGAUAAAAUAUCAGUGAAGACCGUUCGGAUAAAAGGUUGAAACAGAAGUGUUCGGAGUAAACAAGGUGGAUCUUUAAAUACAAAAUUUUUACCCGUUCUGAAAUUAAACGUGAAGGAAAGAAUUAUUCGCUCUAGUAUAAAACAUGUUUAAUACAGAAGAAAUGAAUGGACGGCUUAAGUUUUAACUUCAGCAACUGAAAUGUUUUUGUUACAGUAGGAAGUCUAUGUUCUCCCAAACGAAGGCUUUAAAAGAGUUCGUGUUGAUGGUACUUAUUUAAACCUCAUAUUAUCCAUACUUAAUCAACUAAUAGAUACAAAUGUCAAGGUUACACAAGAAAGGACCGCCAAAACACUUAGAGAGGACACUAUUUAUUAACCAUAAGGAAGAUAUGAUGUUAGAUGACAAACUUCAUGAUCUUAAUUUAAAGUCCAGACUGAGAAUCAUGGAAAUGGACCGGGAACGUAUUAAAGUCAGAAAUGAGUGGAGAAACAGUCGGAAGAAACAGAUAACAAUAAAUGAAGCAAUGUCCGGUGGUCUGUUACCUCCCGCGGAUUUUUCUGUGCCUGGCAGGUCGCCAAACCCUGCGAGGAAUAUGUCAAUGUUUCCACCUGCGCAAAUUGGUCCUAAAAGACAAACACUGUCUGUAAAUAUGGCGUCAAACAAUAGACUCACAACGUCAGCACCGCCUCAAAGAAUAUUUGGUGCGACAAAUACGGAAUCUCCGCCGUUAUCACGGAGUUCGUCAGUUAUUCAGCCAAAAGUGCACACAAGAGUAUCUUCGACGAAUCAGUUUGCUAAACAACCAGUUAUACCGGAAGGAGAUGAAAAUGGAAGGGACUCAAUGAGUCGACGUGGUUCAGAAGGGUCAGUAGGGAUGUAUGUUCUUGACGAAUUUCAAAAAAUGUCGGACGUGGUACCCGGAAUUUUGCGCACGCUCGCCAAGAAGAAAGAACAACAACAUGAAGCAGACGAACGUGCGAGAUUGCGCGACAUGAGACAUGAUAUAAAUGUUGAUCAAGCUAUGGAAAAUUUACUUGAUUAUGAACCAGAUAUGAAUAAAGUUAGAAAAACAGUGAGUUCAGUGAAAAAACUGAGACACAGAAUGGCUAUCAGCAAAAAACUGGAAACUUCCAAACCGCAGAAAUCGCUGGAUCAAAUGAUUCGGGAUAAAACGGACAACACUGGUGAAUAUAACGAAUACACUGACGGAACAUGCGCCUUGAUGAAGAGACGCUUGGAAAAGAAAAGGCGGGAAUCAGCACCGUUUGCAAUGGACCCUUCAUUCAUGCAACGACGACAGUCAAUAACGAAUGGUAAUUUCGACGGAUCUCCGGCGUCAAGGCGUGGCUCAUUGGCUCAAGAACCGUUUAUGAGGCGUGGGUCAACGUUUCCUGGAACAAUGACACGUAGUUCUACAACACUUAGUUUACGGUCAAUAAAUGAUUCAGACGAAGAAUCUGCUUUUAUUGAUGAAGAUGUGUUAGUGAAACGGCAAAGGGUCAUGGGUGAGCUUGAAAAAUAUCGGUCUUUGAAAAAUCGUGUCGAUCAGUUUUUAAUUGCCAAAGCGGAGACUUAUGGGCCUAGGGAUACUGUCAUAGAGGAAAUCAUACCAAUUCAGUGACCUUUACCGUAUAUAUCUUGCAAUAUCUAAUUUUAACUAACAAUGCCAGAUGGAAACGUGUCUGUAACAGAAUAAUUUAAAGAUACCUAUAUUGUAAUUGAACACACAUUAUGUUAUUGUUACAUGCAGAUAGAAAAUACAUUGCUGAAAGUCUUGCCAAAAUAUUCACAACUCUAAUUCAGGUGUAUGACUUUGUAUGCUGUCGUAAAUAACGUAUGCCUUUUGUACUAUUUGACAAUUUCAGUUUUGUUUUAAAUUCUAUCUGGGAUAUACUUAUCCAUCUCCCACAUUUUAUUAAAAUGUCGAAUUAACUUAAAAUGUCGUCUUACACUCAAGUAAGCCUAUACUGAGCUUUUCAUUCAUCGCACAGAGAUAUCUAUUUGUUUCUUUCUAUGGUAACUAUGUUAAUGACCAAAAGGCCCCAUUUCACACAAUACAUUUUUAACUAUCAUGCAUCAUUUUGGCAUUUACAAAACAUGAGGGCACGAAUGUCCUUUAUCACUCGUCGGAGUGGGCAAGAUGAAACAGGUUCGAACUUGAUAUAAAUAUCAUGAAGUCUAACAUUCUCACUAGGUUUCAUGUUUCUGGUCCUGGUUUUUUCUUAGGCUUGACCUAGUGACCUAUUUUUACUUCCAACUAGACCUUGAUUGCAUCAAGACAUACAUUUUGACAAAGUUUCUUUAUGGUAGGUAGAAAAUGUGUUUUCAUUUAAUCAAGUGAUCCUAUUUUUUGGAUGCAAUAUACUAGUAACCUAAUUUAAAACUGACCUAGAUUUCAUUGACAUACAUUCUGACCAAGUUUCAUGUACAUGAGUUAGAAACUGUGACCACUAUGUUAACGUUUUCUUAUGAUUUUACCUACUAAUCAAC